AUGUCGAGCGAAACGAAUACUACUGAAGGGUCCUCGUCAUUAGCUAACGAAACGUUGUCCGUUACUACUUCCAAUGAAAACGCGGCUUUAAUGCAAGAAGAUUCCGCAGAAAAGCAAGCUCGCAAAAAGCAAAAUCGACAAAACUGGAAAAGCUCAUCUAAGGGCGACGGUAAAGAAGUCAAAGCAAACAAACCUACUGUAACUUCUGAUGAUAAUAGUAACGACAACGUCGAUGAAAAAAAGAAAAAGGAAAAAAAGGGAAAUAAGAACCGUACCCCCUCCACAGAUGGGUCCGAUCAAUCUAAAAAUAAAGAGGCCGAAGUAUUAGAUAUAAAUGUUGCCCAACAUCAACGUCGAAAGUCAACUGCUAACACUUCCGACAUAUCAAACAAAAAUAAAAAUUCUAAUAACAAUAAUAUUGAUAAGUCCGUUCAUCGCCGCGGUAAAUCAAUGGCAAACGUUGGGGAGCUUCAGGGUGUCUCUUCAAAAAAUGGGAAUGGUAAAUCUAAAGGUAGUAAAGAUGAUUCUGAAAACAAAUCAGAAGCUUUAGAAUCUUUGCAGCAAAUUAUUGCUAGUCUCAAAAGUUUACCGGCAGUUCCAUCUAAGUCUCAAAAGUCAGAAAAAAGAAAAGAUGGUGAUGAUGGUUCCGCUGACUUUGCUUCUAAACAUAAACUUCACGAGUCGAAUGCAUCUGGUACAGGAAAGCGGACUAAUGCGCCUUCUAAGCAACAUAAAAAGGGUACUUCAGUAUCAUUUUCAUUCCCUCUGACAACAGCAGUUACUACCUCAUUAAAGUCUAUCCCUGAUUCAGAAGAUGGUAAACCUAUUGACAUAGAAAAUGCUUUGCAAGACACUAUCUCCUCAUUGAGGCGCAUGAGUCUUGAUAAAGGCAAAAAUUCUAUGAAUAGAAAAUCUCCUAAUCCUGACGACAUGGCACAGUCUAGUAUCGAUAAAAAGCAAGAAUUUGAUUCUCCAAAGUCUCCAUUUGAUUUCAAGAAACCCACGGACGACCAACGUCAACUAAAUACGAAGAAGACCCAUCGUCGUCAUCAAUCUCUUGGUUAUACGUUAUCUACCUCUUCGUCUUCAACAUCUAUUGUUAAUCCUAAUAUUCCUAUGCAUGGUCGACGCCACAGUGUAGCUCUUAAUGGUAGCAAGGAUGUGCUUAAAGAACUUGAAAAGAACCAAGGCAGACUUGCUGUACCGGAAGUGAAGGGCCAUCGCCGUAGCAAUUCCAGAAAUUUUGAAGGCAACUGGAGAUCAACUCAACCAUUCCAGCCAUUUCCGAUACCUAAAUUUGGUGCAAUUCAGAAGAAACAACAACAGAAUCAACAAAAUUCUAACAAUCAGCAACAAAGGAAAUCUCUCUUUGCACCUUAUCUUCCACAAGCCUCUCUACCUCCACUUCUUAAAAGUUGCCAGCUUGUUUCCGGUGUUUUACGAAUCAAUAAACGUAAUCGGUCUGAUGCCUAUGUUUCUACCGAGUCACUCGAUGCUGAUAUCUACAUAUGUGGAUCCAAGGAUAGGAAUCGUGCAUUAGAAGGUGAUGUUGUCGCAGUAGAAUUACUAGAUCCCGAUAAAGUUUGGCAAACUAAAAAAGAGAAGGAAGAAAAAAAAAGGAAAAAAGAAGAAAGCGCCGGAAUCGACAAAAAAAAAAUUGAUAAAAAGAAGGACGACGUUGAAGUUGAAGGGCAAGGUCUUCUGCUUUUCGAGGAUGACGACAUUGUUACAGAUGAACAGAGGCCAAAAUACUGUGGUCAUGUUGUUGCAGUUAUGGAACGAAUGCCAGGACAGCUUUUUUCCGGAACGCUUGCUCUUUUAAGACCGUCAUCCACUGCAACUAAAGAAAGGGAGGCAGCUGAAAAGGCUCGGAGAGAAGCCGAAGAUAGAGCUGCUGGUAUUGAACCUAAAGUGGAAGAGCCCCGAGAGGAGAAAAAAGACGAUAAAAAUGAGCGUCCAAAAAUUGUCUGGUUUAAACCGACAGACAAACGCGUACCUUUAAUUGCCAUUCCAACUGAACAAGCACCAAAUGACUUCGUCGAAAAUCAUCAAUCUUAUGCUCAACAAUUGUUUGUC